UACAAUUACUAGUCAAUCGAUAUACUUUUUUUCUCAACCACCAACCAACCACCCCGUGUUAGCGUCAAUCAAUUUCAUCGCGAUGAGGGAAUGCAUUUCCGUGCACAUUGGUCAGGCAGGCGUGCAGAUCGGCAAUGCGUGCUGGGAGCUGUACUGCCUGGAGCACGGCAUCCAGCCCGACGGGCAGAUGCCCUCGGACAAAACCAUCGGCGGUGGAGACGACUCGUUCAACACGUUCUUCAGCGAGACCGGGUCCGGCAAGCACGUGCCGCGGGCCGUCUUCGUCGAUCUGGAACCAACGGUUGUAGACGAGGUCCGCACCGGCACCUACCGCCAGCUGUUCCACCCGGAGCAGCUGAUCACGGGCAAGGAGGACGCGGCCAACAACUACGCCCGGGGCCACUACACCAUCGGUAAGGAGAUCGUCGAUCUAGUGCUGGACCGAAUCCGCAAGCUGGCCGACCAGUGCACCGGGCUGCAGGGUUUCCUGGUGUUCCACUCGUUCGGCGGUGGUACCGGUAGCGGGUUCACCUCGCUGCUGAUGGAGCGCCUCUCGGUGGACUACGGCAAGAAGUCGAAGCUCGAGUUUUCCAUCUAUCCGGCGCCCCAGGUUUCGACGGCCGUGGUCGAACCGUACAACUCGAUUCUGACGACGCACACGACGCUGGAGCACUCUGACUGUGCGUUUAUGGUCGACAAUGAGGCGAUCUACGAUAUCUGCCGGCGCAACCUGGACAUCGAGCGGCCGACGUACACGAACCUGAACCGGCUGAUCGGGCAGAUCGUCUCGUCGAUCACGGCGUCGCUCCGCUUCGACGGGGCGCUCAACGUCGACCUGACCGAGUUCCAGACCAACCUGGUGCCGUACCCGCGGAUCCACUUCCCGCUCGCGACCUACGCCCCGGUGAUUUCGUCCGAGAAGGCGUACCACGAGCAGCUGACGGUGGCGGAGAUCACGAACGCCUGCUUCGAGCCGGCCAACCAGAUGGUCAAGUGUGACCCGCGGCACGGUAAGUACAUGGCCUGCUGCAUGCUGUACCGGGGCGACGUGGUGCCGAAGGACGUGAACGCCGCGAUCGCCACCAUCAAGACGAAGCGCUCGAUCCAGUUCGUCGACUGGUGCCCGACCGGGUUCAAGGUGGGCAUCAACUACCAGCCCCCGACGGUGGUCCCGGGAGGCGAUCUGGCCAAGGUACAGCGGGCCGUCUGUAUGCUCUCCAACACGACCGCCAUCGCGGAGGCCUGGGCACGGCUGGACCACAAGUUCGAUCUGAUGUACGCCAAGCGGGCCUUUGUGCACUGGUACGUUGGCGAAGGCAUGGAGGAGGGCGAGUUUUCCGAGGCGCGCGAGGACCUGGCCGCACUGGAGAAGGACUACGAGGAGGUCGGUGUCGACUCUACGGAGGAAGUUGGCGAAGGCGACGAGUACUAGGCCGGCGACGCGGACAUCGGACAUUCCCGACUCCCGAUGACACACGUUCCCACGUUACUACUAACUGUUUUCUACUAUUUAACUACAGCGACAGAAAUGGCGUAUUUAUUUGUUCGUAGCAAGCAUCAUCAACGUAUC